AUGUUUGCAACAACAACUUUCCGUUUGGUGGAAAAGUCAUUCUUUUUAGUGUGGCAAUGGGUGCAGAAGUGUACAUUAACUGAAAAUAUGAAAGUACGUGAUGGAGAAGGAGAAUUUUCCGAAUGGCUGUUAAAACUUGGUAGUGGAACAAUUAAUUACAUUACUGGAGAAAAUAAAUCAAUUGUUGAAAAAAUAUUUGGAGAUGCUCAACAAGAUGAGUAUGCUAAACGUGUCAUUUUAACACCCACUAAUGUGGAUUCAUUGUCAAUCAAUGAAGAAGUGCUUGAACGUCUUCUUGGAGAGGUCAAAACUUAUUUAAGUGCUGAUCAAAUAGAGACUGAUGACCUUAAUGAAAGAAGUAAUUUCCCUGUUGAGUUUUACAGCUUAACUCCUUCAGAGAUUUUGACAGGUGUUUCUGAAGGUAAACGGGUAUUUGUUCCUCGAAUUCAGUUGGCUCCGUCGGAUUCUAACUUACCUUUUGUUCUAAAACGUCGCCAGUUUCCGGUCCGAUUGGCAUAUUCUAUGACAAUAAUUAAAAGUCAAGGUCAAACGUUUGAUAGAGUUGGUGUUUAUUUAAAAAAAACAUGUUUCUCUCAUGGUCAAUUACAUGUAGCGUGUUCAAGAACAAGGGCGUUUAAUAGUUUAUUUUUUAAAGUUGAUAAACAUCCUAUUCAAGGUAUGGUAGGUGGAAAAUGUUACACAGAUAAUGUUAUAUUUUCUUUAGAAUCUCAUUUGACAAAAGGUUGA